AUGCAUGUCGCGUCGCGCGUCUCGUCAUCGCGUGCGUUGAGCGGAGGGAACCGAGAAGUUCGGACCAUGCACGGACAAACCUCACCCGCAGCUCAAACACGUUCCGUAAAAUUAACUCUUCACCGUGACAUUCGCUCGGGCACCCACCCCACGGCCGGUCUACGGGCUCUUCCGAGGCCAGGAAGCUUGACGACUAAACUUACGCCCCAGCAUGCCACAGACGCUCAGCCGAGAAGCACGCAUACGCAAUUGAACCCCAAGUUGGAAGAGUGGCCAGGGACAGAGAGGAAGGGCCGACCGCGAACCACGGACCUGUUCACGCCUAUUCUAUCGUGUACUGACGACGCUGCGGACUCCAUCGGAGCGCCAGAAGACCAACUUGGGCUCCCCGACGUGCACUAG